AUGGGCGAGGAGGAUGUAAGAAUGGAUGAUGCAAAAAAAAAGGUAAUAAAUUGUAACAAUCAAGGAACAGAGGAAGUGACGGAAAAGGAAGGAACGAGCGUCAAAGUAAGGGCGGCAAAUAAUGAGGAAGAAUGGAGCAACGAUGAAGAGGAGUUAAAUCUAUCUCCACAAUAUAUUGAUUAUGCGAUAUCAAGGUUUCAAUGUCCAUACGAACAACAGAUUUUCCCAUCAUAUUUGUAUUAUCCAACUAUAUAUCGACCGCAAGUAGUUUAUGGUGUUCGAACGUACAAAUCUUUCCCAACACUUUUAUCAGAAAUGUUUUGUUCUAAAGCGGGGGAAAAGAUUAAGUAUGAAUUUGAAAAGUUUGGGGGAGGCUGGUAUUGCUCUAUUUUUGUCAGAAACCAUGCGUUCAGGUCCGAACACUGUGAAAGAAAAAAGGAUGCAAAAGAUUCGGUCGCGAAAAAAGCAUAUUUGGCCUUAUGCAAUCCUCAAUAUAUCACCUGA